AUGGCAACUGUCACAGAAACACCUGAACGCAUCGAGAUUCCUGAGCUUCCGUCCAAGACUGUUAAGGAUUUCAUUCCAUACAUUGCGAAGCAUCCUGAUACUGCGAUCGGUACCCUCCUCGAGCCUUACAAAGCCUUCGAGUCUGAGCUCCGCAAAGUGUAUGCCCAGCAACCAGACCACGAGGUUGUGAAGGAUGGCACUGUCAACUUAGUACCCAUCUUCGAUGGACACGAGCACGAGCUGAAGAUUCGAGCUCGAGAUCUGGAUGCUGAGACUGACGAUGAAAAAGCCAAGUUCAUCAUGGCCUUGAAGCCAGAGGAUCGCAAGCCCAAUAAUGUUCCGGCUGUUGUUGGUUCAUUCAAGGACUUCCAGCAAAACUUCAAUUUGUUUUCCGAGUCCGCUCUCACUGAUCUCGAUUGGAACAAUGUGGUGGCUGCCGGUUCUGCUGUUACUACUGCAUUACUUCCCGUUCCUGACAAAUGGUCUGAAAGCAAGAGAAGCAUGAGAGAGUAUUACCACGAACAUCUUGCCCCUGCCAGCGAUGUUGACUUGUUCUUAUACGGUCUCAACGAAGAACAAGCUUUGGAGAAGAUCAAGCAGAUCGAGAAGAAUAUCAAGGACAGCAUUCUUCACGAGACUACAACGAUUCGCACAAAAAACGCGAUCACCAUUGCCAGCCAGUAUCCCACACGCCAUGUCCAGAUUGUUUUACGCUUGUACGACUCUAUUUCCCAGAUUAUCACAGGCUUCGAUGUUGAUUGCGCUUGUGCUGCCUACGAUGGGAAGCAAGUAUACGCCGCCCCUCGAGCUAUCGGCGCAUUCAUUACUCAGUGCAAUACAAUUGAUCUCACUCGUCGUUCUCCUUCUUAUGAAAAUCGUCUUUCCAAAUAUUCCCACCGUGGUUUCGAAGUCUAUUGGCCUCUUCUGGAUCGCAAUCGCAUUGAUCCUACGAUCUUUGAGCGUUCAUUCGGUAGGACUCAGGGUCUAGCACGUCUUUUGAUCCUCGAAAAACUCCCGAAGUCUGUUGAUCGCGACUCAUACAUGGAUCAACGUCGUGCUGAGAGAGGUCGACCCGCAUUGCAUCGUGGAUAUCGCAAUCAAUUUAAGAUGGGUGGGAAUAUCAAAGACCAAGAGGAGGAUGAGGUCGCAGAAUGGGUCGAACAGGAAGAAGUGGCAUCGUAUCAUACCAUGACUGUGCCUUAUGGCCCGAAGUACCACGCUGCUCGGAUCAAUCGCUUGCUCUACGCCAAGGAUCUUCUACUCAAUGCGGAGUGGAAUCAGCCAGAUGACCGUGAGGUUUAUCUCCAUCGCCACCCAUGCUUCUUCGGUACUGCAGAGGAAGUUCUUGAGGACUGCUGUGGCUACUGUCCAGCUCCCAAGACUGAUGAAGAACACGAAGUUGCUGAAGAAGAGACCAAGACUUACAUCUCUGGAAAGCUCAAGUUUCUCAUGGAUGAUCCAGGACGCCAAGAAAUUGGAAGCUUCAACCCCAUCACCGACAAUGAAUGGACAACCAUGGCAUAUGUUGGCGACACUGCAAGACUCUGUCAAGCCAUUGUUAAUGGAGAUCUUGAGCACGUCCAGGACUGGUGCUCUCAAGAAGGUGUAGACGUCAAUCGUCGCGAUUACACUGGCCGCACUCCUCUCCAUCUUGCUGCGAUGGCUUCGACUCCGGAAAUAGUCCAAUGCUUAAUUGAUAACGGAGCAAGAAUGAUUGACAGGCUUGUCGAUGGUAGGACUGCGUUGCACAUUGCCGCUGCCCGUGGUAAUGCAACAAUGGUCAAGGCGCUCAUGGACCGUAGCAUGGCCAACGAGGAGGAAGAAGACGAAAAAGAGGAGACUCAUCGCGCUGCGAAGAGAGCUGAGCGUGCUGCUAAAGGUCAAGAUACUAGCAUGCAGGCUGAUGAGAGCGACGCGGAGUCCGAGGCUUCUGAGAUCACGCUCGAAAGCGAGGACGACGAGAAAAGUGAUGCUAUGACGAUGGGAUCUUUCGUCAAGGUCGACAAGGAGAAGCAAGCUGCAGACGAAGGUGUCCCCGAAGACUCGGAAGAAGAUCCCGACGUCUAUGAGAUCGACGUUAUUGCUUGGGAUUAUGGCCUCUCGCCUCUCCACCUCGCAAUCCUGAAUGGACACUUGGACAUUGUCGAAUUGUUGGUCUCGGAAUAUGGCGCUGAUGUGCUUCUACCAGUCAAGCUUGUCCAACCAGGAACCAAUACCGCUCGAGGUGCAAUUAUGACCAUCCUCCUGGCUAUGUCUCUGCCUACAGAGAAAUGCAAGGAGAUGGUGAAGCUUCUGCUUGAACUCGGUGCAACAUCAGCCCAAGCUGAUAUGAAUCAUUACACGGUCUUGCACUUUGUUGUCAGCCAGAAUCACCAUGAUAUCCUGGACGUCUUGCUAUCGAACGAUCGACCACUUGCCUUGAGCGUCCUAGACAAUGUCAGCACGUCUCAGCACUAUGGUCAGGAGAGCAACACGCCUUUGGCGACAGCUAUUGAGAAAGAAUAUACGGACAUGGUUGCACGACUCCUUAAGCUUGGAGCAAAACCAACAAUCGAAUUCGAUCAAUGGGUUAAGAUGUAUCUUGCUAAAAACGAAUGGGCUAAGUCACAAAACGCCGAUUAUACAUUGAACCAAUACCGAAACUCCGUGACGCAGCCUCUCAUCUCAGCUGCAGCUAAGGAUAUGGGGAAGACUGUCGAAGAUCUUGUCGCCCAUGGAGCUGACCCGUGCACACUUGAGAAGUCUGCUCACAACGUCGUCGAAAAUCCUCAAAACUACAGCUAUCAAGUUGCCGAAGCAGUUCUUGAUAUCAUUCAAAAGAAGCUCAAAGCUCUGCGAGACUGGAAAGAACCGGAGCAGAACAUUCCAAAGGAACCCAAGACUCUCAAGGCUCAGUCUGCAUAUACGUAUGGCUUGAACGAAGGCACAUAUGAAUACUGGAGUGCUGAGCAAGACUUCAAAUCAAAGAAGGCGCAGAACGAGGCAGAAUGGAAGAAAUGGGAAGAACAAUCAAAACCCAAGAAGCAGGAAGGACUCGAGGGGAAGAAAGCUGCAGUUGCGAAGCUUAUUUUGGAACUUGAAUGUGCCGAGAAAGCCUUGAUCAAUGCCGGUGGCAAGACGUUCGCUCAAAUGCACCCGGACAUCCAUCAGCAAACUCAGAUUGCUCCUCAACCUUACAAUCCACCACCUCCUGCUCCUUACGCCACCUCGCUCCCCUUCUUAGAUCCUACUCUAAACGAUAUCAAGAGAGAUGGAUAUAAGAUGAUGUUUGAAGCUGCUUGGAAUAACGACCUGGAGAAGAUCAAAUCCAUUACUCUUGCGCCAUGGAACUGGAGAGACUCGAAGACAAUGGAGCCGCCUCUCAAGGUUGCGAUCCAAGAUGGCAACGGCUUCAGUCCCUUCUCGAUCGCUGUACUUCGCGGACAUCGUGACCUUGCUAGAAAGAUUGUGGAAAUUUGUGCAACUCAGUAUCACAAAGACGACGGUCUCAACUCCCGUCAACGAUGGAAUGUGCGUACCGGUGUGGAUAGUGAUGAUGAGUCUGAUGACGGUGAAGAUCUUCCCAUCUUUUCAGAGUUAGUCAGCGACAAGUUCACUGUUGAUAAUUUGGGCGAGAUUUCGAACGUUGUCAAGAGUAAUGUCUUGCCAACAACCAUGAUUGAGUGGAGUAUGUUGCCAUACAGAAUUUUGAAUCCAGAGCACAAGAUUCGGGAAUCAAAGAUAGAUCUUUUAGACACCGCUAUUCAUGAGGAUGAUAUGGGCUUGUUGAAGUUUAUCAUCGAGCUUGCAUCGCACCAACAAGCAUCACUGGCUCAGGAAGAAGAUGAUCAGAAAUCUUAUACAGUCGGCCGAUCUUCCUUCCUCCUGGCUAUCAAGCUUGGACGAAUUGCCAUGCUAGCAGAAAUGAUCAAGACAACUGGUGUUGGUAUCCCACUCAACGAGCUGAUCCAGCAAAGUGGAGUUGAGGUCAAGACGAAACCUAGAUACUAUCAAGGACUAAGUGUAGGAGGUAAGAAGCGGGCUGACUGGGCACAAGCUCCUGGCGGCAACGUGCAUGUCAUCGAGGAGAAGAUCCCACCUCUCUUGCGCGCCGCUCAAUCUGGAUCUGUCGACUCUGUUGAAUGGUUCAUGAGUGAUGCACCCUUGAGGCGAUACAAGGAAUUCGCAGAAGCCAACAAGCAUGACAAGCGAAUCAAGACUCUCGAAGCAUCCGGCAAAGGAUUUGACAAGACCAUUGAGAAAUGGCUUGGUGCGAAAAGUGAACUAGCACUUCAUUGUGCUGUUCUGUCUCACGAAUCAGACGCCGCUUCAGCGAUUGCUCUCCUCAAGCAUCUACUUUCUGUUGCACCCGACACACUCGAGCAGAAGUCGUCCGAAGGCUGGACUCCUCUUCAAGUCGCAGUGAUCAAGCACCGCGUGCCCAUCAUUGAGUAUCUUCUCUCUAUCGGUGCCAAUCAGCGUCAUCGUGAUAAGAUGGGCCAGAACAUGGUUCAUAGCAUGCUACGAAACGUAUCCCAAUGGUACAAGGACGAUAGAAAGCGCUUACAGAAGAUGCUCGAUCUCUUCGACAAAGAAGCACUCAAGGAGAUGUUCCUUGAACGAUGUACAAAUCAACCUGGAGCUUUAACCCCAUUGGCGUACUUCAUGUCAAACCAUCGUGGCAACACCAACGCCCACAAAGUCAUGUCCAUUCUGUCAACGUAUUCUACUGGAGAGGACUUGUCGAUGAUCAAUGGAGAAGGAGAUUUGCCUCUGCACGUGGCAAUCAAGAGCUCCCGCAGCACGCAGACCGAAUUCCUGCUUUCGUUAAAUAACUCUCUUCUGUACCGCGAGAACGCAACUGGUCGUACUCCACUCGAGAUGUCUCGCGAUAUCUACAUCGCAUCCUGCGUCGAAAAUGGUCCGUUGAUCACUCGACAAUUCGGGUAUCGCUACUACUAUCCUGGCCACGAGGACUAUCAAUCUCUCAUCCACAAGCCACUGAGUGACUUUGUGCCCAAAAAAGACCAGCCGGAAGAGUGCAAGAAGAGAACCUGGGAAAUCUGCAAUGAGAUGGAUCAGAAAUUGAGAAGUGAAGGCGGAGAGAGGAAGAGGAGAUUGGUGAGCUUGUUUGAGGCUAAUGAGGUUGCUAAGAGAGUUACUGGGAUGAAGAGAUAUGGAGGAUACCAGAUGGUGGUCAAUGGUGGACUGGUCGAUAAUGAGGGGAAGCCUGAUGUGUUUAGUGAGUGGAUGUAG